GUUCGCUGUGAGCAGUUUUGGGAGUGCCGGAGCAUCGCAUCGGUGUCAAGCCGUAAGAAGAGGAACAUCAGCGAACCCUGACGCAACGCAAUGGCCGAACUCGACCGCGCAAGUGACGUCUGUCGCAGUUCUGCAGAUGACCUUAUAAAGUUGGACGACGACGAUCCAGAUGACAGUGUUUUCGCCGGCGAUCAGGAGCUGCGUGAGGACAUCCUCAGCGCCCUGGAGUGCCCCGUUUGCAUGGAGUACAUGGCACCUCCGAUCUUUCUGUGUGAGAAUGGGCACAGCAUCUGCGAGCUGUGCAGACCCCAGCUGCCCGCGUGCCCAGCGUGCCGCCGUCCUUUCCUCCCCAACACAAGGAACAUCGCCCUAGAAAGCAUCGCAGAGGAUAUCGACUUCCCGUGCCGAAAUGAAGGAUGCUUAGAGAUGUGUCGCCUGGAUACGAUCGCCCAGCACCUGGCUGAGUGCCCUCGGCGUCCGUUUGAAUGUCCCUUGGCACAGGGCGCACACUGCACGUGGAAGGGCCCCCUGCUUCAAAUUCAGAAACACGUAAUGGAGGCACACAGGCGGUACGUGAGAAUUGGGGCCGAGUCCACAAGCGUUCUGAACGGUGUCAGCAACACUCCGGGAUAUUCCCUCGUCAUAUUCGCCUUCGAACAAGUAUUUCUGCAGAAGAGCAGAGUGCAGGACAGCAAGUUCUAUUCUGCGGUUCAGUACAUCGGUCCCAAGGAGAACGCCACAAACUUCCGGUAUGAGUUUGAGCUGUCCACAGAAAGGGGGCACCAGAAGCUGAUCGUGGGCAACCUCGUGUACAGCCAGUCCAAGGACUUCGCCAGUGUCGUCAGGGCCGCAGACUGCGUCAGGCUGGAUUAUGACGUCAUCAAGAGAUUUAUGGCGCUCAACGGCCCGGCCCGACGCCGGCACCUCUGGGUGCGCGCCGUCAGGAAAAUCACCAACCAGCGAAGUGCAGCACUGCUGGAAUCCUUGACCUCAGAAACCAAGUUGAUCCCUGCCGUGCAGCCCGGCGCCAGCGACGCCGCUUCACCUGUAUCUGAACAACGUGAUGGCGUCACUAAGGGCGACGAUGGCGAAAGAAGCCCUCUCGCGAAAGUGAGCGUCGCUUCUGGAAAACCUGAUGACGACACUCACACUGCGCCGAGGGAUGAACAAACAGCACCAACUUUGAAUGAGGCAGCAGUGGUGGCUGGGGGUGCAGAGGACGUGGAUGGGGGGCAGGUGUUCAAGCGUGGGAUUGUGUACCGGGGGGUGUACUGCCCCUCUCUGUCCAACAGCUUCAGGGAAGACCACCUGGAGCUCGCCUACCAGCGCUACUCUCACCGCCAGAGGCAGAAGUCUCUGAUCAUUGUGAACCUCGUUGACUCACUGCUCAAGAUUGUCCUUGCCACGGUGUGGGCGCUGAACACGACGGACGACCUCCUGAAGCACCCAGAGCAAGUUACAUGGACGGUAUGCACCAUGACUGCCAACUUUGCCAUCUGCUUCCUGGGCUGGUGGCGUUGCUUUGCCAACAACUACCUACACUGGGCGGCCGGCACCACUUGGCUUCUGCUCAUCGCGCAGGGUAUCUUCGGAGCAGGGAUUGGAUUUGAGAAUGGCAACGGAGGUGGUGUAUGUCUCGUGUGGUACUUCCUAUUCAUUGUUUUUGUGACAUACACAAUGUUGCCCCUGCCACUGCGAACUUGCAUGAUCCUAGGAUGUACUACGGCUCUGUUCCACGUGUUGUACACCAGCCUGAAACACAUCGCCACCCCACAGGAGCUGGACGCCCCAAUGGGCAUCUUUAUUGCUGAGCGUCUGGCAGAUAACACAAUUCUGUACGUUGCUGUCAACUUUGCGGGAAUGUACACAAAGUACCUCACAGACAGAGGGCAGAGGAAGGCUUUCUUGGAAACUCACCGGUCCAUGGAAACGAGAUGCCGCACGCAGAAGGAGAAUGAUAGACAGGAAAAGUUACUGUUGUCAGUUUUGCCUGACUUUGUUGCCAAAGAAAUGAUUCGAGAUAUUGCCAAAGAGGAGGAGAAGGGCGCAUUUGUCCCGAACCAGUUCCACAAGAUCUACAUUCACCGUUAUGAGGAUGUCAGCAUUCUGUUUGCAGACAUUAAGGGCUUCACAGCCCUGGCAAGUCAGUGCAGUGCCCAGGAGCUGGUCCGUGUUCUGAAUGAUCUGUUUGCAAGAUUUGACAAGCUUGCAGCUGAGAAUCACUGCCUGCGAAUCAAGCUGCUAGGUGACUGUUACUACUGCGUGUCAGGGCUGCCACGGGCACGACCAGACCACGCUCACUGCUGCGUGGAGAUGGGGCUCCACAUGAUCAAGGCUAUACAGUAUGUGCGACAAAAGACACAGGUUGAUUUGGAUAUGCGGAUUGGAAUCCAUUCUGGUUCAGUACUGUGCGGUGUACUUGGUCUUCGUAAGUGGCAGUUUGAUGUGUGGUCAUAUGACGUAACAUUAGCCAAUCACAUGGAGUCAGGAGGCAUCCCAGGUCGAGUUCACAUCUCAAAGGCUACUCUGGAUUGCCUGAAUGAUGCAUAUGAGGUGGAGCCUGGUCAUGGGGACACAAGAGACAACUACUUGAAGGAGCAUGAGGUGGAGUCAUACUUAAUUAAGCAAGUUGAGCCACUGCGCCCUCGUCGGCGUGUGUAUCACCGUGUCUCCAGGCCACGACUCUGGUCAGUGGAUGAAAAGGCAGGCACAUUGGUCACACUGUCAUCUGCCAACAACAACAACUCAUCUGUAGCGACAGUUGUCACUGCCGCACAGCAGCAGGGGUCAAGUGGAGGUCCCACGUCGCUUGGCUUCAUAGACGAGGAGACCACUACUGACUGGCAGCCGGAGAUUCCCUUUGAGAAUUUGAAUUCAGGGGGAGCUGUUGACUUGGAGGAAGAUCCAUUCCAGGAUGAUGAUGAAGUGGGUAAUGGUGGGGAGGCAGGUGACAAGACUGUGCCACGUGGCCUGUCCAUGGCGGAGCAAGUGGAUGAGAUAAUUGACCACAGUAUUGAGAUUGAGAGUAACAAACGCAUGCGUAAUGCUAACCUCAAUGCCUGGACUCUGCGUUUCCAUGAUGUUGCUACUGAAAACAAGUUCUGCCAACUGCGUGAGGAUAUGUUCAAGUCAAAUAUGCUUUGCUGUUUCAUCAUCUGGCUGUUCGUACUGACAUGCGAACUCAUCAUCUUGCCUAGGUGGCCGAUUCUGGUUGCAACAAUGGCAGUUGCAACCAUCUUGCUGGCGCUAGCACUGGUGAUGGUGAUGGCAGAAGAGUUCCACCAGCUGCCUGAGACACUGCAGACAAUGUCCAGUGUUCUGAUGCAUCAUCGCAACCGCCGAACUGUCUUCAUCUGCUGUGUGCUUGUUCUUAUGUCAGUUGCUUCCUCAAUCAGUCUGGUGCUGUGUCCAAAAUCUUCAAAUGUUACAAGUGAACCAGAGAAAAACAGCAAUGGUGUCCCCUCGUUAGUGGCCAACCCAUCUCCACAAGCGAUGGUUCGCUCCCCAGUGGGUGAGGUGUUUCUGUCUUUGCUGUUGACUGUCACCUCUCGAGAGUAUCCAGCCUCUGCAGACCGCGUCGUGCUACCAGAGUGCAUCACCAACAUGUCAGAAUGUAAUUCAACGAUACUUGCUACUAAUUCUAUGGCAGGGAAUACCAGGAACUGGAGGAGAAGUGUGUCUAGUCUUAAUAACAGAAACAGUGUGAUCUCAAGCAGGAAAAUUGUCAGUGAAUAUAAUUCUGAUUCAUUAGGAAACAUGACCCAGUUUAAUGAUACUACUUUUCUGGGACAAGUAGGAUUAAGAACUAACAGUGAUUCAGGCGCCACUGUUGGGCAGUUUGACGGCAGAAACAGAACUGCCUGGAAUCACUAUCCAACACAUGAUGUGGGAGAUGGAACGAACAGAACACAUGCUCAUGUCAUGGAGCACAGUGUCCGUAACAAAAGACACAGUAGGAUUGCGAUUAAUUCAGACAUUAACAUAAUCAGUGAUGAUAGUAGUGCAAAGAAUGAUGUUAAGUUAAGGACUCGUAAGUUUAUAGCAUCCAAUAAGAAUACAAAUCAUGUUGGGAACUUGUGGAAAAGUCUCAUAGCACAAGGUAACAACAUGUUUAGCAUGGUGCAUAAUGUCAGAGACAGAGGUAGAAUCCAAGACAGAGUGUUGCUGCGUAAUGCUGUCAGUGUGAACAACAUUUUGGUUCAGAAGCGAGGCAAGAGAGCUACAGAAGAUGACAGUGGCUUCUCCAUGACAGAAGAGAACCCAGUUUCAGAGCCCGGUCUUCAUUCUGAUGCCAGUUCACGGGAUACAAGUGGUAUGGGGCCUGAGCAGUGCUUUGCCCCAGAAUACAUCGUGUACACAUGGGUGCUAUGUCUGGUGGCCCUGGCUACAGCUCUCAAACUCUACUACCUGGUCAAAACCACGCUGGCCUCUGCCAUGGUCACUAUCUUCACCACUCUCAUACUGGUGGCCUAUAAGGAAGUCUUUGACAAGGAUAAAGAGGUCAUCCCCAAAACGGCGAUCAUGGUGCUGCUUUUGGUGGUGUUCCUGAUCAUGGUCACAUAUCAUGCUCGUCUAGUGGAGGUGACAUCAAGAUUGGACUUCUUGUGGAAACAGCAGGCAGAGCGCGAGUUGGCAGACAUGAUGGAGACCCGAGCUAACAAUACCCAGCUCCUGAAGAACAUAUUGCCUGACCAUGUGGCACAUCACUUCCUAGGGGAGGACAGACCAACAGAGGAGCUGUACUCCCAGUCGCGAGACAAAGUUGGGGUGAUGUUCGCCAGCAUUCCAAACUUCACAGAAUUCUAUUCAGAAGAUAUAAACAAAGGAAUGGAAUGCAUCCGGCUUCUAAAUGAGAUCAUUGCUGACUUUGAUGAAUUGUUGGAUGAACCUCGAUUUAAAAGUAUUGAGAAGGUCAAGACAGUCGGAGCCACAUACAUGGCAGCAUCAGGACUGAAUCCUGGCCAAAAGGUGGAAGAGGACGAGUAUGAACAUGUGUGUGCUCUGGUGGACUUUGCCCUUGCUAUGAAGACACGACUUGAAGAUGUCAACAAACACUCCUUCAAUAACUUUUACCUGAGAGUUGGAAUCAGCUGUGGUCCAUUAGUGGGUGGAGUGAUUGGAGCCCGCAAGCCUGUGUAUGACAUCUGGGGCAACACUGUGAAUGAGGCAUCUCGGAUGGAUUCAACUGGUACCAUGGGCCAAAUCCAGGUCCCUAAAGAAACUUCUGUGAUCUUGGAGAAACGGGGUUAUCAGGUGCAGCUGCGUGGCAUGGUGGCUGUCAAGGGGAAAGGAGACAUGGAGACUUACUACGUGAUGGGACGCAGAACUGGGCGUGCCCCAGGAUUUGUGCGUCAGCCGAGCACUUACAGCAGCCUGGCAACUGUUGUUUACGGGAUGUUGCAGGCACGCCGCAGACAGACCAUCAAGAAGGCAGUUACACCUGGGAGCAGUGCUAUUGGCAGAGUGAAAUCACAGCAGAAGAAGCCACCUGAAGUUGCACCAGCUGCAAGCAGCACCAACAACAGACUGUCUAACUUCAGCAGUAUGCGUCUAUCAGGACGAUCAACUCCAAAUCCAGUGCGGCGGAACACAACUCGAGCAGGCCACAACCAGCACCAUCAGGGCGCCCACAGCACACGGUCACAGCCCAACAUGCGCCAGCUCUCAGUGGAUCCUAGUGUGUUGCAGCACAAUAACAGCAACAUAAUCAGUGCCAUCCAGCAGCAGCAGCCGCAGCACCACUCGUCUGCCCCACAGACACCACUCACAGGCGAGCACGAACGACACAUGACUCUGACCCGUCAGAAGUCGCUAAUUAACAAUGGCACAACCCACGCUGAUAGUGAGCCUCAACUGAUGUAAGUUGGUCCUUCUGCACAGCAGAGCCCAGAACCCACCUCACUUACAGUUCUGGUUGUGUUUGCAGCCCUCCAUCCCUGCAUGUUUAAGUACAAAACAUUCCUCCACAUUUGGAGGGCAGCACUGUUGCAAAAUGCCUCUGAAGACAUUGUAUAUAUUGGAUGGAUUAUUUAUAAGUUUCUUUGGAAUUGUUGUGAAUUGUAUACUACAGUGGAACUAAGCUGAUAAGAUUCUUAUAGCAAGCGUACGAAAAUGGAACGUCAGUGAAGAUCUGAACUAACCAAAACUGAUUCUCAUUCUAGCACAACAGACAGGGCUGAUUGUACAGAAACAGAUACUGAACUGUUUCCAUCUCGGUUGUUUGAAUAACACUUGAAUGGUUAAAAUGCGCACACCAGCUACAACCAAUAGUGUAAUGCAAAGUUCAGUAAAAAGAUAUUUCAGAACAUUUUAUACAUAAUUUAAACUUUGAACAUCCAUGCUCAGAGUGUAUUGGGAGAUGGGUAAAAGUUAAAGCACAUAGUAUGCAUUGAGAUAUGGAGUGGACCUCAUUCAGUAAGUAUUCUCACUGAUGAGAGCAGUUAGAAAUUGGGUAAGGGUGUACUAAAUUGUCCGUCUUCUAUGACCGAAGCAGCCUGGGGCCCCAUGAGAGGAAAGUAAUAGUUUAGCCUUGAAACCAGUUUUAAGUCCUCACAGACAUCUCAGUGCAGAACAUUAUCACUAAUGUAAUGGACAAUUCAGUAAGAAACAUUAGUCAAGUAUUUUUAUAUUCCAUGAAGCUUUUUGUGUUCUCCCAUGUACUACUAGAAUUGUUUUGAAUAUCCCAUAGAACAUAUGUUUGAACUUCACAUAUUUGGAAUGGAAGAUUUGAAUACAACCUUUGUUGAUGUUUUUGUGUUCCACAAAUCCACAUCUUGCAAAGGUUGGCAGUCUCAGAGUGAAAGUAAAAGAAAGUUGGAGGAAUAAAAUAUUCAACAGCUUUUCAAUGAGUUGGGCUAUGGAGAAAAUGUUGGCACUGCUGGAAAGGAUAUGUACAUUCCAGGUUGGUCCUAUGUCACUGAAUAGGUUAUAUCAUGUAAAGCUUAGUCAUAUUUUGAGAAAAUAAUCGAGUAUCCUGCCUUAUAACCAUCCACAUGUAGACUGAUUUCUAUCUUUAUGAAAUUUAGUAAAUAAGUGUUUAUACAAUUGAAUGUAUCUUUAGCUGUUGUACAUAAUGGUUUGAAGUAUUGAGAAGUUAUACGAUGGCUGCCUUUGAGUGUUUGUCUGAAUUAUGCGUGUCAGAUUUACAAAUUAGAAAUUAUAUACAGUAAACCCUGUCUAGAAUGGAAAUUUAACUGUUUCUGAAAAUCUAUGGUGAACUGCUUGGAAAACUUGAAUGAAAAGUAAUGUAAACUGUGACCAAUGAACACUGUUUGAUUCAAAAAUGGAAAGGAAAAACAAGAAGUUAACAGAAUAUAGGCCAUGUGAAAGUCAAUUACUUUCUGUUCACACAGUUGUAUCUUUGGUAACUAGCUUGUGAGAAUGGGGGCCAUCCAUAUGGCUUCAUUUUACUGGCUGGACCUCUGGGUUGUCAUACACUUCUGUUCCUGCAGCUGGCUGCACAAGGGGGAAGUGUGAGCUAAAUUGCAGAUGGAAUGCUUAAUGAACUACUGAAGAGAAAUAAGGCAGAAACAAAACUAGUUAAAGGCUACCUUCACUGAGGUCACAGAAAGAGGUCCCAUGCACUGUCUCCCUUCGGUGCACUUACGUGUAUUAACCUCCAGUCCUGCAGCUGUCAGUAGACAGCAGAGUUGUAAUGAUAACCAUAAUUAACAAGUACUUUGGAAUGAUCAGCGUAGGCCUGAGGGGGCAUUAAAGUGGUAUAAGUGUAGACAAAUUGAAGAACGUUUCAAGAAUUGUUGUCCGCACCAUUCAUGGGACACUUUUCUGUGACCCCACACUGUUGGUGAAGUAGGUACUUUCCUAUGGUCAUGUCUAGAAGACAGGAAUGCGUUGAAACAGAAAAAUAUUGAAGUCUGUCCCAAAUCCGCAUGAGCAGCUGUACUGUACAGGAUUUGAGGUUCUCACAGUGGCAAUAAGAUAGUCUUCUGGGAUAUGAUGCUUUGCUGUCUGAGAGAUAGGCACAAACGUUUCAGAGGACUGAGCUGCCUCUGUUUUCAGGGUAGAAAGGGUUAGAUUUGCUUAGGAGACAUAUCUCCCACCUGAAUGUUGAGAUCCAUCUAAUCAUACUGCCUCGCAUCAGAACCCAGAACACAGCAAUUGUACUGUAACUUCACAAUCUAAACGCGUUUAUUUCUCAGUAGAAUCUUUGGAAAGAUGUCGAAUAUUAAUUCGAGGGUUCAUGCUACUGCAGUCUUUGUAGGCACAAAAAUGUUUCAUAUAAAGUCUGUGCAUAUGUCUUUUAUAUCGUGUCACUGAACUAAACUUCAUAUUCCCAGUCCAAAGUUGUCAAUUCUUGACAAGGUGAGAAGUAAUCAGUAUAAGGUUAUUUUCUAAGAACCUCCCCUUGCCAGACUUGCUGUCCAUCAGAUGUCUAUAACCAAUGAGACCUUCAGGAGUAAAUCACAGUAACAUUCUUCCCAUGUUAGAAGUUUCAUGGAGGCCAUGCUGACAGGAGAGAAGUAAACUUUGCAAGUAAGAAAGUGUAUACAUGGCAUGACCAGUUAACAUAUUGCCUCAUAUGGGACUUUAAAUGUGUGUUUCAUUUUUCUCUAUGGCUUUUGUUCAGGGAAUUUUCUUUUUGAUUAAUAUUCAGUGAGUUAUGCACAUGUCUUCAAGUAAAACGUUAUUGUAAUACGAUUUUAACCAAGUUGAAAUUUUGACAAAUUUCUGUAAAACUUCCCAAUAUCAAUUUUCAGGAAAAUCCAUUCAGAAUUUCUUGAGUUGUUACAUGCAGACAACAGACACCACAAAGUUAACAAGUACAUUUUUUGAACUUCUCAUUGCAAAUGCACCAAAAUGUGGGACAUCUACAUACCCAAUUCAGACAAAAUUAGCCAGUUGGUUCUAAAGCUAAUGGGGAAGAGUAGGCUGCACCAGGUAAACAUGAUGCCUGAAAUUUUCAUGAUGGUGGCAAGUAUUUUGUUUCUGUUAAAUUACUAGUAUAUGACUGAUAAAUUAUUUUCCUUUCCUUUAUCCUUUUCAUACUUUUAUCUCCUUCCCUUGUUUCUCACACAUUCCUUCCAGAGUUCUAUCUGUCCAUUCCUCUCCCCAGAUACCAGCAAUGGCUUGUUAGGUUUCUUCUCAGCAUGACAGGAAUUGGCUAUUAUUUGCAUGCAGGUGUUACAGUUUUCCUUCUCUUAAAAUAAAGGAACAAAUUUCUCAUCCAAGGUAUUUUAUUUUCACAUUGAUUCCUGGUUCUUGUAGUUGCUCAUCUAUGCAUGCUUGGGAGCAGACAUACACAUGCACAAAACUACACCACAAUUCUUUCUAUAUUUUUUAAAUUUGGAAUUUUUCUUUGGCAGUAUACACUUCCCUGUCUAUCACAGAUUGGUUUAAACUUCAAAAGCUUUCUGCUUCUCAAAACCAGGAAUGCUUAUUGCAUUCACAGCUACUGUGACCAUUAUGCCCCAGGUCAUUUAAUGAUAUGUCAUCAAAUCCCAGAAGAUGGUACUUCACACAUUCUGUUGAGGAUAAGAAGUUACUGGCAGAAUCUUGGCACAAAUUAUGUCUAAGCAUUUCACAAUGGAUGUGUUACAGUUGAACCAGCAUUGAGAGAUUCCAGAGUGUCUUCUUGUUUUGAGGAAACCCUCAUCUGAACCCACACUUUAAUGCUAUAACAGCUGUAGAACAAAAGCCAUAGAAAGUGGGCACUGGUCUGAGGGCAGGAAUGGCUGAUGACAAAAGUGAUAAAUAAAUGGAUGCUAAGAUGAUGACACUUGACUGCUCACAUCAUAUGUACUUUCUGUAAAAUUCUUACACUACAUAUGAAAAUACAGUGGAAAUGGUACAUUAAAUUGUUGACUGUCUAUAGGUGCUACAAACUAUUAGUGGCGAUCUUUCACAUUUUUAUAAAACAGUAUUGUAAAUUAUGGUACUUCAUGCCAGCUACAAAAGGAGGGCCCAGCCCUCUCUGUAAAUGAAAAGUGAAACCACACAGUGAUUUUUUUCUUCAUAAGACGAGAUUGUUUACAUAAAUAAUAUUUUGAUAUGAAUUUUGUCUGUAUGUUGGUGUUAUGGGAAUGCAUGGAGUUCUCACAUGAGGGUGGCAAAAGUAACUCUGCGGACUUGUUCUCAUUUCCAGUGUACAGAACUGAGUCUGGAUACAAACAAAAACCAUGUGUGUUUUGGUGUUAUUACUUUGUGUGCCACUAAAAUAUCAGUGUUUUAAUUAUGGAAUUUAUUUCCAGAAUAUGGUAAAUCACCAUAAGAGGAUGAAUUAUCCAGUCACAUAAUUCAGAAACAGUGUCUUGCAUGUCAAUACGUCUAAUGGUAUUAACAUUUCAAAUGAUAAAAUGGGAAGGACAUGUAGCACAAACGUGGGGCAGAAGUGAAGUGCAUGAAACGAUUUGGUGUAAAAACCUGAAGGAAAGAGACCAUUAGGAACAUUUUGUCAUGGAUGGGAGGGUGUGGACUGGAUUCAUCUGGCUCAGGGUACAGACCAGUGGGAGGCUUUUGUGAAUACAAUAACAAAUAUGCAGUCUAUAAAUGAUAGGAAACUGCUUGAGUGGCUGGGCAACUGUCAGCUUCUCAAGGAAUCUGCCCCAUGGAUUUAGUUUGUUGUUUGGUUGGUGAUUUACCUUAUUUACAUUUGAGUAUCAGCACAAAUGUGUGCUUGCCCUCUGGUGCCCUGCUAUGCUGGACAUGCAGUACAACUGUACCUAGCACACAAACAUUACAGUUUAAGAUGUGGAUAUUAGUUUAGUUUUUGUCCUUUGUAUUCGAUAACAUAACAGACAUAUAGCCAUGUGUAUCUGGAGUCAAGACAGGCGACUGUAGCUCUCUGUUUAUGCUGGAUGCAACUUUGUCCUCGCAUUUCGAUGUUAUGACUUCAAUUAACUACUUCACAAACUUGUCAAAUUAACACAGGAUCCCAAAUAAGAUUAUAACAGACAAAAUAAGAAAUGACUAAUUCUUAACUAGUCAGUGUAUAGUGUUCUCGAUUCCUGGCAGCCGUUCUCACAGCGGCAUCUCUACAGAAGGAAAAUAUAUGGUUGGUGGCUGGAGUUAAUUAUGUCAACAGGAUCUAAAUUAUAGAGCAUGAAUGGCCUAAUCAAGAACUAUCUUGGCAUCUGUCAUGAGAAACCUCAGUCAGGAGAGCCAGUUGGACAUUCAAACUGACCUGCUCUUGAAUUUAAGUUUUAGAUAAUCUGUUGAUGCAUCUCGGUUUCUCGAUAAAAGUUCAUAUUCAAAGCUAAGAAGUCAUUCUCUGAAACAUACACUUUCUGAAAGAUAGACAUGAUCUUGGAUAAACACUUCAUUAAAGUAUGUAACUAGCAGAACUGGGUGGCUCAGAAUGGUGACCAGACUAUGGCUUGAAUGACCAUACAAUCAGAGAUCAAUUCCUAGCAGAGGUGGAGAUUUUUCUCACCUUCGCUGCUGUACCCACACCAGUUGUGGGGCCCAUGCAUCCUCCUCUCAAAUUGGUAUUGGUGGCCACCCAGCCCAUAACCUAGUCACCAGUGACUCAGCUGUUGGGCCUUCCUCCAUGUGAGCCAUCAGUAGCUCAUUGCAGAUGGCAGUGGGAUUCACAGGGAAUGCAGAUUGUUCUGAACUGUGGACAAAGUUGCACACAAACACUAACCUACAUCAUUGUUAAUAAUUUGACACCAAAGAUCAUGAUUUCAUGUCAGUAAUUAUGCUUUAUAUUCCAAGUAUUUAUUUUCUAAAUGUGUCAAUAUAAGUCUGCAAUAUAGAUGGUUAUGAUGAUGACAGUAUCAA